UAUUUUAGGUACUUUCACGAUUAUUUGCCUGCACCUUAAUCCAAAUCAAAGAACACAAAGAUGGCUAAUAAUACCAGAAUAACUGAAUUCCUGCUUACACGAUUCUCUGAUGUUUGGGAAUUCCGAGUUUUGCAUGCCUUGCUAUUUUUAUUGAUGUACUCGGCAACUCUGCUGGGGAAUCUUGUCAUUGUCACAGUAACCACCCUGGACCAGAGUCUCCAAACUCCCAUGUAUUUCUUCCUUAGGAAUCUGUCUAUCCUGGACAUGUGCUAUAUUUCAGUGACUGUACCAAAGGCAUUUAUAGUCUUCCUGCUCGACAACAGGGUAAUAUCCAUGUCUGGUUGUGCAGCUCAGAUUUUUUGUGUGGUUUUGUUUGCUUUUUCAGAAAUGCUUUUUCUCACCAUGAUGGCCUAUGAUCGGUAUGUAGCUAUCUGCCAGCCCCUCCACUACUCUGUGAUCAUGAACCAUAGACUAUGUGUCCAGAUGACAGUGGUUUCCAUAGUCAGUGGUGUCGUAUACUCAGGAUUCCACACGAUCAACACAUUUCAGUUGACCUUCUGUCAGUCGAAUGUGGUUCUCUUGUUCUUCUGCGAUAUCCCUUCCCUUUUGAAGCUUUCUUGUUCUGACACGUUCAGCAACGUGAUUGAAAUUUUUGUCUCUCUCAAUCCUUCCCCAAAUUUUAAGGUUAAACUCUUUAUGAGAAGAGAUAAGGUGAUCAAGAAAAAAUUUUAA